AUGGCAUUGCAGUUACCGUUCAUAAAACAUACAACAAAUUCAAGAGCUACUUACCUAUACAAUGGAAUAAAUCAAUCACUUCUUGCAAGGCGGGGAAUGUCAUAUGCCAUUGAGAAGGAAUUAAUUGGCGUCGAUACGAAAGCAAUAUGUAAGAACAGAGGCUUCGAUGAAAUUUUGAGUUUAAUGGAGAAAGGUAUCAUUCCAACGGACUCCAACAGCUAUGGGUAUCUCCUGCAGCUCUGUAUCCAUAAAAAGUUAUUGACAGAUGGCGGGAGGCUUCAUGCUCACAUGAUCAAUACGGGAUUUCAGUCGAGUAUCUUUGUACACAAUCGUCUUAUCGAAAUGUAUGCAAAGUGCGGGAAAUUGGAAAAUGCACGCCAAAUGUUUGAUGAAAUGCCUGAACGAAAUGUCUUCUCCUGGAAUACCAUGAUGGGAGGGUAUUCUACGUGUGGCUUUGUUGAGGAUGCACGUGACUUGUUUGACAAGAUGACCGAACGAGAUGUGGUUUCCUGGACCACUGUCAUAUCGGGGUAUGCUCAGAAUGGGAACGGGGAUGAGGCUUUGGCAUUAUUUGGCGAAGCGCUCCGGAUAGGAUGUAAACCUAACCAGUCAACUUUUGUAAGUGUUCUCAGUGCAUGCGCUGGGCUGCAGAUGAUUAAAUUUGGUAAACAGGUACAUAAUCUGAUAAUAAAAACUAGAUAUGAAAUGCAUGCUAUUGUGGGAAAUGCACUUACUGAUAUGUAUGGCAAAUGUGGAAUUAUUAAGGAUGCACGCAAUGUGUUUGACAAAAUGCCUAACCGAGAGGAGGUUUCUUGGUCUUCAAUGAUAGCAGGAUAUGUCCAGAACGGUGAUGGUGAUAAAGCUUUUGACUUGUUUAAAUUGAUGCUAAAAUUGGGUGUGAAGCCUAACGAUUUUACCUUUGCUAGUUCCCUUGGUGCAUGCGGGAGUAUGGCAGGAAUUGAAGAGGGAAUGCAAGUCCAUACCCACAUCAUCAGAAGCGGAUAUCAAUCAAAUAUCUUUGUUGGAAAUGCUCUUGUAGAUAUGUAUGUUAAAUGUGGGAGCAUGGAUUACGGAUGCCUUGUUUUUGAGAAAAUGCCUGAACCGGAUGCAAUAUCAUGGACAUCACUGAUUGUGGGGUAUUCUCAGAGUGGGAACAGUCAGCAAGCAGUGAAAUUGUUUUGCCGAAUGCGACAGAUGGGAAUUAAGCCAGAUUCUGUCACAUUCUCUAGCAUUCUUAGUUCUUGCGCAGGCCUAGCUACUGGAGAACAGGGCAGGCAGGUACAUGCCAUCAUUAUCAAAUGUUUACUUAUGCCAAAUGUUGCUGUUGGGAGUGCUCUGGUAAACAUGUAUGCGAAGUGUGGAGGUAUCCAAGACGCACAACAAGUUUUUGACAGAAUGACAGAACAGAAUGUGCCUUCAUGGAAUGCGAUAAUAGGAGGAUAUGGACAGAACGGACAAGGGAUGGCAGCCAUCCGACUGUUUGAGCAGAUGCUAGAUGAAGGUAUUAAACCAAAUGAUGCUUCUUUCAUUGCUAUCAUCUCGGCAUGUUGUCAUGCAGGCCUUGUAGACGAAGGCCGUCACUACUUCAAUUCUAUGAUUAAUGACCAUUUCAUUUCACCGAGACUUGAUCACUUUGCUUGCAUGGUUGAUCUUCUUGGCCGGGCUGGUUACCUGGAGGAAGCAGCAGAUAUCAUCAACAAUAUGGCAAUUGAACCUGAUGCUUCUAUCUGGGGAGCCUUGCUUAAUGCAUGCAGAAUUUAUCCAAAUUUAGAGCUUGCUAAACAGGCAGCGGGGCGACUUUUUGAGCUAGAACCACAGAAUGCUGGACCUUAUGUCCUGUAUUCCAAUAUAUUAGCUGCAGCUGGCAGAUGGAACGAUGCAGCGACAGUGAGAAGGAUGAUGAAAGAUAAGAGAGUGAGAAAAACUCCAGGAUGUAGUUGGAUCGAGGUCAAUAACCAGGUGCAUACAUUUGUGGUGACAAACGUAUCUAACCCACAAACAGAGGACAUUGAUGCAAUGUUGCAGAAGAUUUCAAAGAAGAUGGAGGCUGAAGGCUAUGUGCCUGAAUAUGAUUUUUUACUGGAUGAUAUACAAGAACAUUAG